GAAACAAGUUAAAAACCAGAAAAGCCAGAGGGAGAUUGGUGAAACAAAAAAUGUGUUCCUUUAAAAUGCGAGGGGCAGUUUUUCUCGCUCUCCUUGGGCAUGUAAUGGGUAAGUUACAAACGCCCCCCUAUUAUUAUAUAUUGACGGAGCGAACUCAUUUUCAUUUUUAAAUUGAGUCCUUUUAAGCCAACCCCUUCUGACAAAAUUUGAGAGGCUUCGACUUUUAUUAUAAAAGUUGUUGAUACAAUUUUAUUUAAACAUAUUUUUUCAAGUAUUCAUUGAAUCUAUAGAUAUCACUUAGUAAAAAUUAAAUAUUUAAUAAAAAUCGCUAUAUACAAAUAUGAUGAAAAUAUGUAUUUGAUCAAGAAAUAUUGCUUUGCUAAUUACACUGAUCUAAUUAUACUGAUACAUUUUCAUUAUAAUUCGCUUGAUAUUAUUUUGGGACAACAUAUUUAUUAUAAUUCUAAAUAAGAACUCUAGGGUGAACGGAUAUUUCUCUUGCACGGUGAUCUUUGCUCUUGAAUUUGAGAAAACACGGAGUCACAACUCUUGAUGACUACACCAGUGAAUGGAAGGGUCGAAAUCAAUGAAGCAUGGAUCGUUUCCAAAUUGUUGGGCUCGUAGGUCGGCAACUCUGGUCGGGGUCGGGGUAAAAGUGAUUGGCCAUUAAAAUCAGCGUGCUGCUUGGACUCUCGGAACUCAAUGAAUGAAAAGGUACCUAAGAAAAGAAACCUUGCUUCUUUGGUGUCUGGAACCGCUUUUCGAGGGUUCAGUAUGCAGUUCGGGAGUAUGCCAGUUUUGGAAGAAGCGAAAACAAUGGUCUACGUCGCCAACCAUAACAUGAUCACCAUGGCGAUGACAUACAAAAUGGCGGACAAGGGAGAGGAGAAGAACGAGUAUUGACCAAAAUUCUCGUUUAUUCUUGUUUUAUCGAGCCUUUUAUUUGUCUUUUUGUUACUAUGAAUUGGGAAGUACCUUGAGGACUGGGAGUAACCAUUCUUGCGCUAUAGUUCUUCGCUUAUCGCGCGCUUAGUAGACACUGCGUACUCACUGCGUAUGUAAUCAGUACAUAAAAUAGGUAAGCACGCUAACAAGUUUGUGCCUAUUUAUUUCAUCAUUUUUUUAUAUCAUAAGGAAAAAAGAAUGCUUUGGAAACAACUAAAAAGUGAGUUGUUCUAUAAUUCAUUGUAAUUUUUCCCGUUGCAUCUGUUUCUCUCCCGCGAGUGAGCGACUGGCCGGAGAAGACGGCUGUAAUUCAGGUUAUUGUUUUGGUGCAAGCGAGUCAUUUAUGAGUAAAAUAUCUGUUUUUUCGAAUAUGAUGUUCUGUUGGUUUAUGUCUUGAAGCAGUUCCGUCCAGGUAUACAACAGGUUUACAAGGGAUUUCUGAGGGUAUUGUGCCCGCGUUUUCUUCUUGAAAACCCACAAAGUGAAAAUCUUACUUAUCAUCCCUGAUCAUUUUUUUUUGUCCCGCUUCAAAAAAACCUAUUACUUUCAAUUAUUCCACUUUCUGAAGUUAACUGAUUAUUUGGUCAAGCUUAACAAAUGCAAGAGGCUCUUAAGAAUUUAAUAUACAUAUUGGAAAACUACGAAUUAUGCUUGUUACAUGCUUUUGGAUCUAUUGAUUAAAAUGGGAUACUAUAGUCUUGUAGUCCACCGGAUUUGACCAGAGGUCAGAGAUCAACAAGGUUAUGGUUCGUUAUAAAAUAUCCUCUUGUAUGGGAUUUGAUGUUACAUCCGAAUAAUACUAAAUUAUUGUUUUUAACUCUGGGGUUGCCUUUAAACCAAAGGCAUUGUAACUUUGAGGAGCACUUUCUCCAAGUCUUCUCUGUGGGGACGCUUAAACAAUUUUAUUAGACAAGGUUUGGCCCAAAAUAAUAAUGAUUACUGCCCUUGGCAUGGACACAACAUAAGUUUUCCAAAGUUCUUUUUCAUAGCCGGUUCUUCAUGUUUCUAUUGAACAGCACUUUCAAGAAAACAAAGCUCACACAUCAGAGUAAAGAUACAAUAAAAGUUAUUUAUUGUUAUAUUUUGUUUUUUGUAAAUAAACAUUUCAUUUUAGGUCCUGACAGUUAAUUCUUUCCGUAUUACUGUUUUUGAUUCUGACCUGCAUGACUCGCUGCCAUGGCUACCUGGCUCGCAUAUUAUACACACUCUUUUAUCUCAAAAUCUUGUUUUUUUAACACCUUCUUGGACAUGAAAACCAAAAUCCAAAACUUAAUUGAUAUAAUGAAGACAGUAGCAGCUGACAUCGAUUUUCAAUAGUUAUCUUGUGAGAUGUCUCUCAUGUAUUAUUUAUUAGGGAGGAUGAUUUGUAGAAGACGAUGCAUUAACAUACAUGCUUUUUCAUCAAGAGAAUCUCAAUAAUUUAGGAUUUAUUCAAAUACACACAUAUUCGAUAUUAUGACAUCAAAUGUGGGCUUAUUGCUCAUGUACAGGGAUUGAUGGGGGAGAGUGUGGCAUUUUUCAUGUUUCAGAUUGACCUUUUGCGCAGCACAGGGACUGAACAUAUUAUGUAUUUGGCAUCUGUAAAGUAUAAACAAUAUUUGACGCGAGGGAUUGAACAUUAUGUAGAGAAAAUCUUCACAAGCCUCCACUUCCAUGACUCCUUGCUCAUCUAUCUCCUUUAAAGCCCCUUGAAUAAGAGCCACAGUCUCUUCUAUGGUUGAAUGGUCAUUGAGUGUGAGCUUCCACUCACAAGGUAUAUAAGCCCCCCCUCCAACCUGUUUCCCUCUCAGGGUGCAAAUAAAAUCAUUUUUACAGCUUGCCAUUCGGGCAAGCUGAAGCUAGCAUUUACUAGCCCAGACGUCAUUUCAACUAGCCCCAAAAACGUUUUGUUCUUCUGUUAUUCAAAUUCCCCAUAAAACAUCACUUGCCCGUCGGGCAAGUUAAAAACAGAAUUCACUAGCCCGAUAGCAAAAUCCACUAGCCCCGGGCUGUCGGACAGUACUUUCUUUGCACGCUGCCUCUUACCCAUUUUUGAAAGGGUCAAAGGAGGGACUUUUGUGGUGGGUAAGCCUGUGACCACACUACAAAGAAACAAAAAAACAUGAUUAAUUUUAUUGAGGUAGGGUUGAAUUUGGACAUUAAAUUUUUCAUUACAGUGGAACAUAAGGCGAACCUAAAGCAAUAUUUUGCCCUCAGAGCACAAAUAUGUCGUUCUGAAGAAAUUUAGCAUUUUGUCUUCCUGGUUGCUUUUCCCAGCUUUUUGGCACAAACGCGACAACAUGUUUGUAAUAUCUCCACAUGUUUGUCUACAUUUUUGACGGAAAUCCUGAUCAAAAUAAAAGAAAUCAAUGUAAGUACCUACUCACACUGAUUUAAAACUAAUUCCACACACAUGAUCUGGAUCAAUAAAGUGAUUUCUAGAUGAGAGUCGCAUAAAUUGCCGGUGAACACGACCAAAAACAGACCUGAUCGAUUAUAACUGAAACUACAUAUACAGGCUAAGGCAUAACCAUCAAUAUCAGUAACCCUUCCUGUCCGUUGGCAAUUUUCAAUGUGUGGUUGCCAUUUUUACUAGGUUGUUGCCAUCGAUGAAACUUUGCCUGAACACACUUUAAACGUUGUAGUUUUGAGGAAAAUUAGUCUUGACUUCGUAAAAAUUCGGCAAGAUACUGAAAACUAAACAUCAAGUCAUGUACUUACAUUCGAUACCCGUCAAGAUGGCGGCGGCGGCGUCGAAGGCCAUUUGAAAACUGUCGCUUUUAACUACCGAAAUGUGGCAGGAAAGUUCCCUUGACAUUCAAAAAGCAAGGAGAAGGCUUCUUCACCGGUACUGCUAGCUCGGAAGUCCCGGAUAUUGAACGAGGAGAAGUGGAACAGGCUUUGAAAAAAGCUCCCUUGUUUCUUGCGAUUAUUUUUUCCUAUUUUUGCGUGUUUUGAGCAGAACAAUGGAAUCAUGACGUCAUCGCUUCUUCCAAAACUGGCAUACUCCCGAACUGGUAUGUAUUUUAGUGCAGAUGGUCAGUAACCGGUGAAAAGUAGGCUUGGAACUUCUUCCUGCCCCACACCAGGGAUAUAAGGCUACUCUCGAAGUCUAUUAGUAAGUACUUCGUCUCUGGUACCUUCAGAGACUAGGAUACAUAGGCGAUAGGUCGUUCGUCUUCCUCUGGUGUGCGGUCUGACAAGACGGCAACCAGAUCGUACGAAGAGUGUGACCAGCAAAUCAGGGUUGGGGUGCACUUGGGCUUUGUCUUGAUAUCCUUAAUCAAUCUGAAGAUAGCUGCUUCUUCCUACUACAUUGAUCAAUGUGGCGGAGAGCAAGUUGAGUGGCAAAAUAGUAGCUAUGUCGCAUCCUGAGCUUUUGUCAUCUCAGCAGUGGUCCUUACUUACUUGAGAAAUUGAUGCAGUUCUUCAGUCGAUAUGACAUGUCCCAAACACUACACGAAUCCCCUUUAGAAAUUUGCGAGGCUCUUGCGGUUGGCUUUCAAGCUAAAAAAUUUCUCAGGCCUCCUCAAAAACGCUACCACACUCAGGGUAUUCUUCAAUAGUGCAGUCUGCCAUAAUAUUCCUUCCAAGGACCUGGUCCAUGGCCCGCUACCAGAUGGCUGUUGCUGAAGCUAUACAAUAAGGCGAACUUUCAUGAUGUUACGAACCUCGCUCUGUAUUGAUGAUAAGGAAUGCAUUUAAACGCCAUUCAAUUUCCAUUUGCAAGUAAGGAUGACGCCGGUCAUGAACGGCCUCCCGUGCCCUUGUAUGAAUUCAAAACUCCGCUGCGUUUGCUUACUAACAGGCGAGCUUAAAUUCUUGACAUCUGAAAGUUUUGUGUUCUAGGAGAUGCCAAAAUUGAUUUGUAUACCUAUUCAUCUUAUAAUAUGAUUUGUAAACCUAUAAAGCUGACGACGUUCUGGACUAUAAAUCAAAUCGAUCGAAGAAGAAUAGCACGCUUUCACCGUAAAACUUUCUUUCCAUGAGUCAACAGCAACUAGAAGACUCCCUAGAACCAUUUUUCGGAGGAAAGCACGAGUCCGCCCAGAUAAGCCCUGUUAUUUGCCUGUAGAGCAGUUUUGUAAAUUUUAUUUUAAAAAUACUGUUUAAAACUUGAAACUUGAAUCUUGCAAAAGUUUGAGGGGCGAACAAGGAGUAUAAGAGAUGUGGUGAUGAGAUCCUGUAGAAUGGAAGCAGGAAGAAGGUAAUUAAAUAAUUACUUCAUUUACGGUAUGUUGGCAGAUUAAAAGUCAUGUUAAUUAAUGAAGUAUUAAAUUAUGCGAUAAUUAAACCGAAAAGCUUACCUGCCUGACUUGUAUCUUUGUUGAGGAUUUAAUAGCUAAAUAUUAGACAAUUUAUGAAAAAAAAAACCCUUUUAUAAUCACUAGCAAAUGCUGGCAUCAACUGCAGCUUUGAAAGCAACCUCUGCACUUGGACUCAAGACAAAACAGAUCAGUUUGACUGGACUCGGAAAUCAGGUUCAACAUCUUCACCCUCAACUGGACCCUCCGUGGAUCACACAACAGGCACUUGUAAGUACAGUCAAACUUGUAUUAAGCAGUCACCUAUCAAUUUCCCGAUAGUUGCUUCCCACAUUUUCUGCAAAUUUGACCUCUCUUCAACGGUCACCUCUAUUAAGCUGACGCGGUCUCCGUUUGGAUUUCCCAAAGAACUAGUUUCAUUGUAAUUUCCCUCUGUUAGAUGGUCACCUCGUUACAUAACAAUCAAUCAAUGACAUUUUUUUUUGACUGGAAGAUAAGCGAAGUAUUUCCAUUUUCUUUCACAGGCCAUCAAACACAACCAACAUUGUAAUCUAGGUAUUAAAUACACGUCUCUAUCUUCAUGUUGUAUAAGGUUUUAAAAUUAAUGAUUUGCUUAAUCGUAAAGACGCCUGCAGCCUCACGGACGACAUUGCCUCGUACCCAGACCUCUCUCUCUCUGUCAAUGAAAUUUUGCCCGCAAAGGAAGGCGGGAAGGAGAACUUCUCCUCCCUUCUUUACUCUUCCCAUGGUCCCUUGCUGGAUUAUUGUCGCCCCCCACGCCCCACUCCGGGUAAUAUUAAAAGCACCGACAUGUUUUUUUGUAUACUUUUAGCAAGUGGAUGGUACAUAUUUAUUGAGACAUCUUGGCCAAGGAAGCCAAACGACACAGCAAAGCUUAUAAGUGCAAACGUCCCCGGCGGCAGUGCUGGUGGCGGAAAAUGUUUGUCCUUUUGGUAUCACAUGUAUGGAGCACACAUCAAUGCCCUCAGAGUGUAUGUCAGGAGUGAUUCUAAAGACACGCUUUUGUGGUCAAAGACAGGGACGCGUGGAGACAAAUGGCUUCAGGCUGCGCUCACAGUCAAUAUCAGGACUUAUUUUCAGGCGGGUUUUUAUUGAUCAAUUAAAAAAGGAUUUUUGAGAAAUUGUAAAUGCCCAGACUAGGAAUAUGUUUGAAUAACUUGAACUACUUGCAAAAUAAGACAGUACGUCUUUACCACAUUCGACGCACGUAUAAGAAAUGUAAAAUGUAACAAUAUAAAUGUUCUAGAAUUUUUACAACCCUCCAAAUAUAUUUCGCUCUUCGAGCCUCGUCAGCCAACAAAAUGUUCAUGUAAGAUGCACUGAAAUAGUCUGCUUGUUCACCACUGUCAUGUAAGCGAACAUGGUACACUCUAUUUCACGUGGUCACGCGCGACUACUAGCGACAAGGUUUCAAAAUCAGAGUGGUAGAAAAAGCUGGUGUUGCGAUUAAAAAUUUACUUCAGAGGUCAGAUCCGUUUAAAUCACGAAAAUGUGAAAGAGGGGAUUGCCCAGUGUGUAGAGAAGAUGGGAAAGGACCGUGUGAUAGAAAGAGCGUGACUUAUGACAUAAAAUGUACUGAGUGUAAUGACAUUUAUAUCGGAGCGCGUAUAUUAGAGGAAAAGAACAUAUAAAGUCAUUGGCCAAAAAGGAAGAGAAGUGAGUCUUAUGGAAGCACUGUAAUGAGAAACACAACAGUGAAAUGCAGAAAUUUGAAAUGAACGUUACCGUUUCUUACUCCAGCGACGCCAUAUUGAGGCACAUAUCGGAGGGUGUUCGGAUCGAUCAAGUACCGGAAGGCUCGUUGAUGAACUCUAAGAACGAACGGAAUUAUUUCCGCGUUCCACGCGCGGUAGUCGCACGUGACCACGUGAAAUAGAAAACACCAUGUUGGCUUACAUGACACUGGCGAACACGCAGACUAUUUCAGUGCAUCUUACAUGAAAAUUUUGUUGACUGACGAGGCUCGAAGGGCGAAAUAUAUUUCGAGGAUUUUAAAACUUCUAUAACAUUGAUAUUUUUACAUUUCACAUUUCUUAUAUGUGCGUCGAAUGUGGUAAAGACGUGAUGUCUUAUUUUGCAAGUAGUUCAAGUGAAAAAGAAUUGCAUUAAAGUCUUUAUUGCAAAACUUGACGAGCAGUUUGGAGUUGUAGUUAAAUUUACGAGAGAAAUGAAUACACAGGUAAUAGCUUUGUACUUCAGUCCCACUAGAAAAAAAAAAUGCACAAGGAAAAAAAACAAAAAAGUAAAAUAACGAAAAUUAAUGAGGACGUAGUAAAUACAGUAGGCUUUGCAAGGUUGCUUCCUCGGACAGUCUUGGCGGCAAACCGUUUUAUUGUUAGAUGUCAUGUAGCCUCCCACGCAGACGUUCUUAGGGGUUCGUCACGAGUCUGCGUAGGAGUAGGAGGCUAUGUGGCUAUAUGUCUUGUGGCCGCACAAGGUGGGAAGAAAUAUAGCAACAGUGACUGUUCAUUUUCUAAACAGGUUGUAUUUGAGGGUGUUCGUGGAACAAGCUAUCAAGGUGAUAUAGCAAUUGACGAUAUUGUUAUGAAAAAUGCUGUCUGCCCACCCCCUAAAGCGUGCUCUUUUGAAGAUGUUAAAAUGUGUGGAUGGACGAAUGACAAGAGGUAAAUUCAUACAAGUAGCUUAAGGAAUUGAGUGGGCUUCUUGCAUGUGUAAAUCCCAAGAUUUUCUGAAUUGGUCAGUGCUUCAAAAGUAUUUCCUGGCUACAAACAGACAAGGUGUCUAAAUGAUCAGCUGGGCUAAUGUUUCUUUUCUAAUAUGAAAGACAAGCAAGUAAAUUAUUCAAUAUGAUUUUCAAUUUUGAGCUAUUUCUUCGGAGCUCCACUUUAAAAAACCAAAGAAAAUCUUAUUUUUAAAAAAACCAAUAGAGAGGAGAAGUCGUUACUUCAUGUUGCCAUGGUAGCAAAAUUUUGGAUGUUAACAAACCGAAAAUUCACUUAGAAAGUAAAUUCUCAAUGUUUGAGACUUCAUCGAUCUUAUUCAGUUUCAUUUGAUUUGUCAAAUGUUAGCGAAUUUUCUGGAUUUAAUCCGAAAGGACCGUAUCUGAGUUUGAAAAAGAAAAAAGAAACUUGUGUUGUGUUCACCUACUCAGUAACACUGGUGCGUGAAAUUAGGAAGUCGCAUGUCGCAGUCGCGCAACGACCGAUAAGAAGUGUACAAAACGAGCAUGAUACACAUGCAAAGUUGUUGUUUUGCUAAUCUAAACCUAUCGGUUGUUUUCCCGUUCUCGUUACUGUCGUCGUCGUCGUUUCUUAAUCUCGACCCUAUUGUUGUAAUCACGAAACUUGGCUACCAUGGUAACUUGACGUCACACUUCUCCUCUCUAUUCUGGCCUAACCUUACAAGUCGAAAUAUCUGUAGCAAAAGAGCUUCAGGUUCACUUUUUAGCCAACUAUGCCACCGUCUUGGUAUGUCAAAGUUUGCUAUACCGCCUUGAUAUCCAAGCCACCCCUCUUUAUUUUUCUUUAACAUUUUAUAGAUGCGAUCCUACACUCCGCAAAACAAGAACAGUGCAAUUUCAUUCGAGUCAUUUUCAACAGUUUGUCCUUGCAAUCAAUUUGUGUUAAAUGAAUAGAACAUGUUUCUUUGUAUGGUUGUUUUAGAGAGAUGUUGGAAAAAAUAACUGAAAAAAAAGUAACUGACUUCAUAGGGGUAAAAAAAAAUGGAUGAAAAACCAUAGCUCAUGUUUGUACUAGGUUAAAAAUCGGCCAACUGGCCGCUGACGAAACCAGUUUCCUGUUUACAAGAGCAAUGGAAGGGUUAAACUCGGGAAUACCGGGAAUAAGUCUAGCUAGCUAGCCAUUGGGGCGAGAAUUGAAUUCGGGUUGUCCUCCCCGAUUAUAAUUCCAGAGAUCUAACCACCCAGCCACACUGCCUCCCAGAAACGUAGCAACUGACCUCCAAAUAUACGUUUUAGUGAUGUGGUCUGUCUUUUGUAAAGUAAUAGAAAUGUCUGCUUAGACAAAGUCGAUUAUAUUUAAAUUCUGGUUGAGUUCCUUUCUUUGAUAAUAAACCCGGUGUCUCUUUGUUGGUAAUUUUUUAGUGCUGAUGACUUUGAUUGGACACGCCAAAGUGGUUCAACAUCAAGUAGAGGCACUGGCCCUGCAAAUGACCACACCUAUGGAACAGCGAGAGGUUAUUACAUGUACAUUGAAACCUCUUCUCCAAGAAGGCCAGGAGACAAGGCAAUGCUUAUGAGCCCCAAAUAUUCAACAACAAAGGGAAAAUGCCUUCAGUUCUGGUACCACAUGUAUGGAAGCCACAUAGGGACGCUUAACAUCCGUAUAAAACGCAUGGUUCUUGGAACGCCCACGUACUUUUUGACAUGGUCUAGAUCAGGCGGUCAUGGAAAUAGCUGGUGGAUUGCUCAGGCACAGCGGAAAAUCUUUCAAAAUAAGCAAUGAAACAUUAUCAUCAAAACAACAAAAACUUUUGAUCUUGUUUCAGAAAUAUAAUGUAUGCUUUAUUUCAUAAUAAGAAUCAAGGCUUACCGACAUUCAUUGUUUGGUGUGAGUGAAAGAAUGUAACUGAAAGAAGAUCAACUUUUUUUCUCAAUAGUCCGAGGCAGUCUUCAUUAUAUAUUAGGAUGUUAGAGAGACAAUAUUUCUUAUGCUAUGCAUCUGCUUUUAUUUAACCUUCUUUUAGAGUUUUCUCGUGAUCUUGUCAGUAAAAAAAAAAGGUAUUAUUCCCCGAUAAAACGGCCACUUGCGGUCAUAGACGUUUGGCUGUGUUAACUGAGUGGUCAUAUUACCGGGUAGUUUCUUAUUUCAAGGCUUGUUUCUUUGCUCUCUUCAGUCUUACUACUGUAGAGUACAACUGUUACCUUGCUGGAUUUGCCUAAUUUACGUAUUAGGUAGGAUUCGCACACGCCUUGAAGGUCCUUGAAACUGACAGAUGGUGCUGGAAUGUUCAAGGAAGUCCUGAAAAUUUGUGGCUCUCUUAUUAACUAAACCCAUAAUCUCCACUAACUAAUAUGACAUUGAGCCAGUUGUUGGUAGAAUUUUAGCAAAACCAAAUAUUCAAAAACAAAUAUAAAGGAUUAUUAUUGAUUGCCUUGAUUUUUCACGACAAUUAGGCCUUUAAAAGUAAGGGUUGUCUCCUUGAAAGCAAUUUAUAAAAUUUUGAAUUUCUGGUCGCCAAAAGGAAAUGAGUCCUUAUUGUUUAUUCGGAAAUGCCCUCAGUUGAAAUUAAAAAAAAAAAAACGACAUUUCACGAGUCAAAUGGAAGUGGCCAUUAAAGGGAGUUGGUGUUAUGUUUGGGUCAAUUAUCGGGUUCCUGAAAGAGCCGUUUUAAUCGAUUCUAUUUUGGGCGGAAUUCAACUAGCUCCUUAAAGAACAUUAUAGAGGAUAAUAAUCUUUAACACACUAUCCCUGGUUCUAAAUUGGUCAUGAAUGCCUUGCUGAGGUAUAUAUGAAAAUUGUUCCUGUACUGAGGGCAACAACAGUGACAGUGUAUUAAACAGGCAUUUUGCAAGUAAUCCCUGACAAUGAUGUUGUGGUCUUUAGUAUUUGCAUUGACACUAUUUGAUGUUUUCUUGUUGGAAGGUGACAAUUACAUCAAUUUCUGACUAUUGGCUGGUAUUUGAAGGAGUACGAGGGUCCAGUUAUCGUGGUGAUAUAGCCAUAGACGAUGUAGAGUUACUGGAUAAUGAAUGCCCACCUCCAGGUGAUUGUGAUUUCGAGGCAGGCAUGUGUACUUGGCUCAAUGUGCCUAAUAAUGAUAAUUUUGAUUGGCUUCGUGGGAGUGGCUCGACACCAAGUUCUAACACUGGCCCUUCCACCGAUCACUCAACGAACUCAUCUGUAGGUAAGUGCUAUAGAGAGAAUUUUAAAACACUUGCUUUAUAUUAAGUAACUAACUUUUUCACUUCAUCUAGGAAAGCAUCCUUCUCUUAGCCAUCUUUCUUGAAGUUCCUAAAAGGAUACACAUUUUCCUUAUUUCUUUAUUAGAGCGUAUUGUAAGCUCAGUUGUUGUUCAGUUUAUGCUCUAAGCCCAACCGGGACAUUUCCAAAACAAAUAUUUUCCUAACAUGACGUUCGUUUGCCUAUACCAUUUCAUCUCGAAGUAAAAAAUAAAAACAAAUACCUGAAAUACCAUUACCUAAAUCAAAAUAAAAGGAAGUAGAUAAAAGAGAAUUUACAGGAUUACUGUGGGGCUAAAUAUAAGUUUCAAAAGGGUAUGAAAUAUUAUUAGAGAUCAUAUCAGUCAAGGAAAUUAAACAUAAAAUAUUGGAUUGAAAGAGCAUAGCAAUAUUCGAAAGAAGUGAUGAAAGAGGUUUUAUAGUUACUAAGAUUAAACGAAAAUUAGUAUGCUAUUCUGUUGAGUAUGGUUUUUUAAUUCCCUCUAUUUUCAUUUUGCAGGCCAGUACGUGUUCAUUGAGACAUCAUCCCCACGUCAACCGGGUGAUAUUGCGUAUCUCAUCAGCGAGCCAUUUGAUCCAACCAACAGCACUGGUAGAUGCUUGAGGUUCUGGCAUCAUAUGAAAGGAGCAUCCAUUGGCACUUUGAAUGUCUAUAUUUACAACGGUAGUUUCUCUUCCAUGUAUCUGCUUUGGCAGAGGAAGGGAAAUAAAGGAAACAAUUGGAUGCUUGGACAAACUCCGAUAAAAAGCAGUAUAAAGUAUCAGGUAAAGGUAUUAUGCCAUCAGUAAGGGCUGUGAGAUUGUUGUUCUUUUGUUUUGUUUUGUUCUUUUAGUUUAUUAGUUCAUAACAAAGGCGACGUCGUAAUGACGAUGGAGUAACAGCUCUGAAUCCCUGUAUUCUUUCAACAAGACAGUAUCAUGAUGCCUCGUGAAGUGACAGACGACGCAUAUGGCUUUUCAGUCCGAACAUAAGGCUAUCCAUUCCUGGAUUUCAUCAAUAAACAACAUCCUUGGGCAAUGACAAUUCAUGUGUGGCAUUUUUAAUAGCUCUAUUGGGCAUUGCAUUGUAUAAGUUGUGACUGAUUCUUCGAUUGCAUCACACAACCAAGGCCCCGGGGCAAGGACACUGGGAUCAACUGGGGUUUCUGGGUAACUGACCAACUACCCCUCCCCUAAGUCAAUAUUAACUCUUACCUCUCACUUAGGGCAAAAUCGUGUCUUAGGGGAGGGGUAGGUGGGCAGUUACCCAGAAACCUCAACUGAUCCGGAAACUGUAUGUAUUUAUUUCUUUUUAUUGCUUUAUUUGGUUUUAAACAGGUUGUGUUUGAAGGAAUUCGUGGAAAUACCCACACUGGCGAUAUUGCUCUGGAUGAUGUAUCAUUUACUGCUGGUAUGGCGAACUGCAGUGUGCAACCGUCUGAUGCUCUACCACCUGGAAUGAGUGAGUGGCAGUUUUUUGUUCUGAUAGUCCUCAUGACAUUGUUUUAGAAAUGUUUUCUAAAAAAAAUAUUUUCAUAGAUAAACUUAAAUUUAUGUAACGUCAUCAGCUGGUGUCGCCUAAUCCCCAUGAAGCAUUUUCCCUUCAAAUCACGUAAAGCUGGGUCGGCAGAGAAGGCGAUAAUCCGGUUGCUCUAGGCGCUGCAUGUUGAUUAAAACACUGAAAGUACAAGUUGCAUCAGCAAUGGAUUGUCUCUACCAGUUCUCUAGCAGGCAAUAUAGGCAAAGACAUGGCAGGCUGCAAAAAGGGAAAGGCUAAAUAGAAGAAUUAUUACGUUUGAACGUUUCCAGGUGCCCUAACGUAGCACGCGGACCGCCGCCAUAUUAUCUGAACUGCACUCCACAUGUUUAGUGGCCCAUAAGUUGCCCCGUAUACGUAAAUGGACUGCAAACAACACUAGGAACAAUUUUUAUAUGCGAUCGACAACAUUAAGACUGCAGAGAGGAUGACUACUCACGAAAAUCAUCAUCAUCAUCAUUAUCAUCAUCGGUCGACUGAGGAGCUGUCGACUCUAAGUCGUCUCCAACUGGCUCGGUCCUGGGCAGUUCACACGAUGUCAACCUCGGCGAGAUGCUUGUUAUGGUCUAUCAAUUCCUGGAUUUGGCUGGGAAAGGUGUCCCCUGGGCCUCCUCCCUUUGGAGGGCUCAUACAACGCGUAAAUUUUUUCGGGUUCGUCUUUCUUCCUGCGCAAAAUGUGUCGUGAGAUAAUUGUUGGGCUAGUGCCAGUAAGAUCUUAGGUUCUGUCAUUUGAUACUCCCUCCAGGCGUUUGAUGUUCAACAUGAUUUUAUAGCAUGAGGUGGCAAAAGCAUUUAGUUUCGCACCCAUCUCCUUGGUGAUUAUACACGUUUCGAAGCCAUACAGUAGAAUGGAUAGACAUGUUGUCCUAAAGGGUUACAGAUAACAGAUCGUUUCGAGGCUUUAUACUGAAGACUAUGCGAGCACCAUCCAACCCUUAAUGUCGUUGACACUACUGGUCACCAUGGAUUCUAGAUAGCGUAAGUCGCUAACCUUCAUUAUUUUAAACUAUAAAUAGGUAUCUCGCAAUAAGCCUCGCGAAACUCGGUUUGGUAACGGCACUCAAGUUAAGCCUUGCCGGUCGGGGUUAAGAACUGGAUGGGUGACCAACCGCGAAUAUCGUCUUAAAGGUUCAAACGUUGUUCUUUCUUUUCUUCUUCUUCUUUUUUGCGUAUUAUGUGGUGUUUCGCACCUCGGUUUUGGGUACUACUCGGGUUGAACACACACCAGGAAAAUAAUGUCAACGGGAUCUACCAGUUGUUUUUGAACUACUUUAAUGUCACAAUUUCCAAUCUCGCGACAGCUAGCUAGAUGUGUAUAUGCGUAGUCAACUGAAAAUAAAGGCAUACAUUGCAUUGCUUACUUGUGAAUCGACUAUAAAAGCUUGAUAAAUCGAAUCUAACUGAAAAUGAAAUCAGCAAACUUUCUUCAACAAAUGUGAACAUACUUACAAUUCUGUAAGGCGUUAUCCCGUGAUGACACGGCUAUUUCCCUAUCUUAUUUGAAGAAAAGGUAUAAGACACUGUUUUCAAUAACAGGUUCUUUCUCACUGAUCCUUCAAUUUCUCUAAUCACGCUAGUCCCACAAGCGAGCUGAAAACUGAUUGGCUAAAUUCUAAGAAAGAAUAAUAAUCUUGCGUGUCCGGUUUUAUCGCUAAUAAAAACAAUCCAAAAAAAAAAAAAAUACCGUGACUCAAAAUUAAUUACAGCUGUUAACGGAGUGCAAAACAUGUGGUGUUAUUGUUAACAGUGUAUUGAAAAGCAGAUUUAGCAUUAUUUCGGCGCCCGGAUUUAGAAAAAGACAAAAACAAAGAACAAAUCUGGCCUGGCGCAGUUCGCCGGAAAAUUAUUAUAGUUCGGGCCGUAAUACAGAGCUGAAACUUUGCAGACUUUGAUCUACAUACAUCGGCGGGGAUGGGUUUUCGACAGUGAACGAUCAUAAUGCCUCUGAUUCCAAUCUCCUGUUCCUCUGUCUCUUGUUGUAGGCGUUGCCUUUGCUGUGCUAAACGAUGUUCCUUCUGCUCCACGGUUUCUUGUUGACGUCUUCUCCUCUCGUUGUUCACGCUUAAUUGGAAGUCGGCGUUCUCGCUCCAGAGGAGUUUCGAUGGAAAAUCUUCCUGGGCGAGGAUUUGGAGUCAUUUGUUGUGCUUGUGUGUCAUUUGCAUGGGAAAUUGUUCGUGAUUCACCGAUGGUAAACACAUCAAAAUGCGCCUUGGUCAUCGGCGGCGAAGUCUAUGUUGCCUGGAAACGCAAAAUGCUCCAUGACGUCAUUGGCGGAUACCAAGCAUAUAUUCAGAGAAAGAAAGAUGUAUUUAUUUAUUCAUGAAGCCUCGAAUUUCGCAGCUGGCGCUUCGCGCGCGACAAGAUUACAAAGUCGCUACGCUCGGAAUGACCUCAUAACCGAGUGCACCUGUGAGCCGGAUAGGGCCUGAAACUCUGUUAUGGUUAGCCACUGAAGCGAAGGCAAAAAAAAUCUAAAACCAUCCCAAGAAUGGAAAGACUCUCACCAUCAAGAUUGGUCUAGGCAGAAAUCAUAGUCAAGCAUGAUUGGCCAAUAAUCUUGCUGGAAGGCUGAAAAAACGAUUAACCAUAUUCAAACCGGGCCGUUUUUGCUUCCUACGACCGGGGAGGGGGGCGCGAAGGACCCCUCUAUAACGUCAAAACCGCUCGUCUUACUGCCACCAAAAUUGCACACAAUAAUUUACUUAUCAUUCUACAACUUCUUGGCAUAACUUGAUUGAAUCAAUGAGGCAAUAUGACGUCAUUUUGACGUCAUAUUGUUGAAUUUAUUUGCAGAAUCCAAAUUUCCCUCAAAGUAGACAUAAAGUGAAAAAUUCUUAAAUAGUAAGGUCUCUGAUAAAAUCAAGGAAGUUGGCUAACACAUAAAUGAUAUUUAACAAUAGCAGUGAUGUCAUCAUGUCGUCAUUUGUUACAAAAAGGAACUGGCAGGAUCCGCCAUCUUGGAUCCGCCAUUUGGAAUUAUUGAAAUGUAUUCCAUUCCACUUAAGACUAGCAUAGUUCGAGGUAUUUUAUACAUGAAAGUUAAUCCAAGUAUAAAAGGAUGCUUAGGAAGCCAAAAAUCGGCAAAAUAUGAGAUUUCGAGAGAAAUGAACACUGUUGAAAAUUUGACUCAGCAACUGUCAUGUGGUCAUAUUAAUUAUAAGCUCUUUUUUUUCUUUCUCAAAAUAGUCGUUAAAAAGCCUGGAUUUCAUUAAAAGUUACAAUAAGUUUGAUAAAAUAAUACGAAAUUAAGUUUCAUAGAAUAAUUCAAUCAGUAAAAAAAGAAAUAAAACUUAUUUUGAAGAGAAAAUGCAAAUUUUGAAAAACGUGGCUGUCAAAUUUCGGUCGUCAUGGUAACAUCAAUGCUGACGUACACGUCACGGCGACUUUAAAAUGUGCCCAGACAAUUUUUAGGAAAAGUCGCUAAAUGUGGUGGUCCUAGCUUGAAUGCUUUGGAAGUUUUUCAAUUUUGAGGCGCCAUUUAUCAAAGGACUAGCGCCAUGUGCCGUCAUUCCACGAACAGCAGAAAUUGGCAACACUGGUUAACUGUUUUCGAGCUGGAAAUUGGGCUUUGAAAAACAAGCUUGUUCAGGGCAUUGUAAGGGUGUGGGUACAUAAGCGACUGGUCCACCACGUCUUGUUGUAAAAUUACCAAAAGAUUAACCUGCUAAGUAUGGAAGUGGCAGAUAUGUGAUUCUCGAAGAAGAAAUCGCUUUGUCGAUAACCCAAAUUCCCGUCAACAAGCAUGCCCAUGGCGUUUAUGAAAGACACUCCAACGUUGCCGCCUGGAUUCAUGACAAGGCGUUGCCUAAGGCUUAAGACAAAGCCAGGACAAGUUUCUGCUCAGAUAUUACAAAGGAAGGCGAUCGAGGUAGUUGCGAUAACAUGUGGAGUCAAUGACGUUCUACCAGCAUCCAAAUAGGAAGAAGCUGGGGAAGACAGCUGGCUAGAAUCCAACAUACAGGGUGAGCUGUUGUUAGUCUAACAGCCCAACUGAAACUGUGAGACAUUUGAAGUAAAAAAUGAGAACACUAGUGUUUAACGCUGAACGAGAGAGGAUAGCCACUUGAAAGAGCUUCAAGUUCAACACAACACUGUCACACCAAAGGCUGCAACGCACUUUGGCAGGACCAGCAACUGGAGUCCUGUCAAUUGAAUUAUACUUCACUGCAUUAAAUUCCGUUUUUCUUUUUUGAUAUCGUGGGAUGUUUUGACAUGGCAACAAAAUACAAAUAUUGUUUGUCAGGUGCAAUUGCGUAAUUAAUAAUUUCAUGGGACAGUCUAGGGAGUAUAACAAAAGCACUUAAAGUAGUACAUUUAUUGUUUGUUGAUGGAUAUUAAAAAUCAGGAGCAUUAACAUGCACUAAAACUAAACAGCUGUGCAGAUUUUCUGCCUUUUCUGUUGGUAUCUUUCUAGAAGAUUAAAUAACAUAAAGCUAGACAAUUUAUGAAGAGAAAAAAAUUUCUCUGCAGCAAGCGUGGGUUUUAACUGCACCUUCGAAAGCAGCCUCUGUAGUUGGACUCAAGAUAACACCGAUCAGUUUGACUGGACUCGGACAUCGGGCUCAACACCUUCACUUUACACUGGACCUUCUUUGGAUCACACAACAGGCACAGGUAAGUGACUGUUUUGAGCUCAUUUACUUUAUUCAUGGAUCGGUACUCUACCAUUUUAGCUAGUAAUUUUACCUAAUAGAUAAGACAUUAGGGCCAUUUAUACGAGGAAAAAUAAGACGCGUCUUAAAUAAGACACGAACUUUCCGUAUAAACGGCACAUUUCGUCUAAAUAAGACACGACUUAGCUAAGACGCGUCUUAUUUUAGAACAGCCCUUAAAACCUGUUCUUAGAUAAGACGCGUCUUAGCUAAGACGAGAAAAACUUCGUAUAAUGACCUUCGCGUCUUACAUAAGACGCGAAUGCAUAGUACGCAUGCGCUAAUUUUUGGCGGGAAAAUUAUUGCUUGCCCCGCGGUGGAUUGGCAGGUUACUGGCGGGGAAAAAUUGUUUACAAAUUACAACGAGUUUUCGUUUCCUUGUCCAGUCUGCUUUAUUUGUUUUCUUCGCUCAAAUACAAUGAGCACGCCGUUAAAGGUAAAAAGUAACACUUGGUCCAUCGCGGAGGAAAAAUAUUUUUUGUUAUUAUGUAAGGAGAAGGCGAUUAUAGACCUCCUGGACAAAUUCGUGACAUCUGCUGGUGUAAGUAGACCCUUUUAACUUUAACGUAUCACAACUUAUAUUUACUAAAUAAUCAAAUUGCUAUCUUUGUAUUAUAAACUUACACUUUAAAAGUAAGUUUAAGUAUACAGAAGACUUGUAUAAGACAUGCUCGUAUAAAUGGUCCAGUUCGCGUCUUAUUUAAGACGCGUUUUAUUUUUCCUCGUAUAUAAAUGGCCCUAUUGACUGAGCCAAUUCACUUCUGUCUCCAUCCUUAAUUUGAGCACUGAAUCUAACUUAAAUUUUAUCUUUUAAAAGCGAUGUAUACACUUGAAAGAAAGCAAAAGAAAACGGCUUGCAGAAAUGUUAGUAACAACUCUAGGUGCCGAUCAGGGAGGUGUUCAUUAUACAGAUCUCUAAAUUAUGAUUUAUUUGCUGUGUACCUUGACCCCUUGAACAAUCCUUGUUAAAGGUUUAAAAAAAGAAGUUAUUGCCUUUCGCUCUUCUCAUGUUGCAAAAAGAUAUUGCUCUGUAUGCAAUGGAUAACGCAAUUGGUUUUCCUAAUACUUCUCCACUGGAUAGUGAUUUAUCAGUGAGUACAAUACACCCUUAUUGAUGCAUGCCUUUUACUCUAGUGUGAAGUUACUCGUUUUCUACUCUAUCCCUCCCAUACUCAAAGUUGAUUCUGCAUGGGGCUGUGCUCAGGGUAAGGUUUCAAAAGUAGUUGGCCCUCAAAGUUGUUUCAAUAGUGUGAAAAGCACAAUACUUGCUGCUUUAUUUUUGUCAAGGUUUCAUUUGUUGGGGAAAAAGGGGACUUGAAAAUAAGGGACGUUCAAGCGCUUAAUUCAAGUCCUGGGAGAGCAUUUGAUCCAGGACUGUCAAAUUCAUGAUAGUUAGAAUAUUUAAAAACCUUUUGGUUAGCACUAUGUUUUAACUGUACUCUCCUCGCUAUAACAGUCUGUCACAUUUAUAUAUAUAUAUAUUUUUUGCGAUCUACGAAACGCGGUCUUUUGCGAUCUUAAGAAACGUCACCAUCUGAUCAGAGUGGAAUACCACAAUGUUAACAAACUAGUUUAACAGAGCAGUGUCAACUUUAAAGCUCUCAAUACAUUCUGUUGUACACUUUCAGCGAGUGGAUGGUACAUAUACAUUGAGUCAUCUUUCCCAAGAAAACCAAAUGACACAGCGAAGCUUAUAAGUUCAAUUGUCCCCGGCACAACUGUUUAUGGUGGAAAGUGUUUGUCGUUUUGGUACCACAUGUAUGGAACACACAUCAGUACUCUUAGUGUCUAUGUAAGAAGUGGUUCUCAUGACACUUUUCUGUGGUCAAAGGCAGGAACGCAUGGAGACAAGUGGCUUCAGGCAGUAGUCACAGUCAAUAGUAGGACUCAUUUUCAGGUAAGACUUAAAUUUUGGCAAGAAAAAAAUUCUGAAAAAAAAAUAUUUACACGGACUUGCAGUGUCAGGGAAUAGGCCAUGGAAACGGAGAAAGAGGAGUCAUAAUAUGCCUGUACAAUUCAGUCACCGUCCACUAACCCUCACCCUCUGACGUCACAGAUUUUCACAGAUUUUUUUUCUUUCGCGUUAUCAGGCUUUUGGGGGAACCAAAUUAGUUUUUAGACGUGGCUAGACCUCUCGCGCUGAAGUUGAAGAACUAAAGCUUUCUUAAAAGUUACUGUUUAUUUUUUGUUCAGGUUGUAUUUGAGGGUGUUCGUGGUUCGAGCUUUCAAGGUGAUAUUGCAAUAGAUGACAUCGUUAUCAAAAAUGGUUUCUGCCGACCUGUAAAAGGUUGCUCAUUUGAAGAUGUUCAGAUGUGCGGAUGGACAAAUGAAAAGAGGUAAAUUGAUUAAUUUUGUUUGUGUUAGCCUGUGGUAUUGUUUAAGAGUAUUAUUUAAGCCCCGAACCAAUAGUUUUUGCUACAAAACUGAGCUACUAAAAGGAGUAGCUGGGUAUCGUUGUAUUUUCUAAUUUGAAUGGCCAGCAAACAACACUAUUAAAAGAAAACCACUAAAAUAGCAGGAGCUGUCUUGCUUUUGGUCCACCUUAUAAAGGUGUCCGUUUAAGGAAAUUUGACGACUUUUUUUCAAUUAUGGUUGAAUUUCUUACUUUGGUUUUAAACCUGGUGUCCGUUUAAUUUCUUGAUAAUGUUUUAGUGCUGACGAAUUUGAUUGGACACGUCAGAGUGACUCGACAUCAAGUUCCGGCACUGGCCCUACAAAUGACCACACCUAUGGAACAGCAAAAGGUUAUUACAUGUAUAUUGAAACCUCUUCUCCAAGAAGGCCAGGAGACAAGGCAAUGCUGAUGAGCCCAAAAUAUUCAUCAACAAGAGGAAAAUGCCUUCAGUUCUGGUACCACAUGUAUGGAAGCCAUAUAGGGACCCUAAAUGUUCAAAUAAAGCGCAUGGUUCGAGGAAAACCUAAAUACAUUUUGAUGUGGUCUAAAUCAGGCGAUGAUGGAAAUCGCUGGUGGAUUGCUCAGGUACACAAAGAAAUUUUUAAUGAAAGUUAA